GUUGUUUAGGCUUUCGCUGGAUAGGUAUAAUAAAACCUAGUACUAACAGUGGGUGCCAAGGAAAUAACUUUUUAGGAGGUGGUCGGGGUCCGGCGGGGCCCUAAGGCCCGCCUUUGCCAGGCGGUCCGCCAUCUCGUUACCCUCUAUCCCUAUAUAGCCUGGGCUCCAGAUAACUUCCACACGCCCCGGGUGAUUCUGCGCAGCCGUGUGGAAGGCUGUUAAUUAUGUCGGUGCUGUGCUUUGCGCGUUUCACCGGCCCUGCUUCGUCAGGGGUCGAGGACCCGAGUCACUUGAGGUCCGAAUCAGGACACGGAAUCGAGAGCCUUCCCAUGCAGGCUGCCAGCGGAUCUGCCCCGUGCGACCUCGAGGGGCCCGGGGGUUACCUGCACGAGGCGUCGAUCGACUCGGAAAGCCUGUCGAUUGCCUGGGCGGCACAAAAGCCGACAGCUCCCUCUCCGGAGCAAAAGCCGUUGGUCGAAGCCAUGAACCGCUUCGUCGAGGUGAUCAACGGCGAUCCCCUCCUCGCUUAUGUCUUUGAGCACGGCUCGAGCCAUCUAUCGCACAACGGUCCGGCACUCGCCGACGCCCUGAAGCCUCUUCUAGAGGGCUUGGGGAAGAACCCGAUGCAUUUCCUGCUCCCGGCACGGGUCCCCGCACCACCCACACCGGAGGACUCCAAAGCCUUCCGGGAUGCCGUUCUCCACUGCGCGUCGUCACAGUGCUGGGCCCCGGCGGCCAGGAUUGCCCUCGCCGCCGGGGCCGACUUCGGAUCGCAGUCUAAGCUGCAUAGGAAGCGGGGAAAUCUCCUUGUGCUUGUGCUUGGCCAUCAUGACAUCGCAUUACGAUUGAGACCUCAGAGGCGGUAUGCAAAGCGGUGCAGGUGUUGCUCAAGGACUCAGAGGGUGAGCGCCAAUGCGAUAACCCGUUGGAAGGGCACCCCGCUCCACUACGCCGGCAAGUACAUGCUGGAGGGCGUCGGCAUGACACCGCUCCACCGGACCGUUAUCGGACUAAGCAAGCGGCCACCUACGCUAGAUAUCGGGGACGAGGAUGAUGGUGGUGACAGGGACGAAUGGAACGAUAGAUACGUCGACGAGUAUAAGGGGGAUGGGGAUGCCAACAAUAAUGACGAACGCAACAAUCCUCGGACCUCUCAACCGCGACCGGACACCAAAUUGGGCAAGCCGAGCUCCGGCUCUAAAGAACAACAGCUCGAGAUGCGUCCUAACGACAAGAUCGCGAGAGAUAUAAGCCUUCGCCUACGGGACCACACAAACAUCAUCAAGGCAUUACUAGACGCCGGACACAACCAAGGCGUCGACGCGGAGCAGGCCGCCGACGAGAGUUGCGCUGAGAGCGGGUGGACACCCCUGCUAUGGGCUAGCGGCUACGGCAACCUCGACGUCGUCAGAUUCCUGCUCAAGCGAGGCGCUAAGGCAGGGGCCCACGAUGACCACGCAAGACGGCCAUCAGCUGGGCGGCGAGGCACGAGACAGCGUCGCAGCGACAUGCGCGGAUAUAUCAUAUGGGCGUGCCAGAAGGGCCGCAUCAAGUGCGUUAAGCAACUGGUCAAAGCUGGCGCCAACGUCAACCUCCCCAAGAGGGAACACGACGACGUCGGCGGGACAGCCCUCUCGUGGGCCAUCACCGUCCGCCACCUCGACACCGUCAAGGUCCUAGCAUCCACCGGCGCCAUAUGUGACGAAGGGGAAGGACAACGGCCGGCGCUCGGUUGGGCGGCCGCUAUUGGGGACGUGAACCUCUUCAACGCUCUGUAUUCCACUUCGUUGAACAAUAAAUGCUGGCUGGACCUCAACCAAGAGGAUAGGCAAGGCUGCACACCCGUAGUCAAGCACUUACAUCAGGCUUACAAGGUUUUCAUGUAUACUUGGGACUACGAAAACAACCUGGUGUUGCAUCUGGUCGCUAUCUGGGGUUACAAAGAUGACUGCGAAAACGACGAUGGGAAGACAUAUGAAGACCUUACGGAAGAGAUCGGCAGCGUAAUGAGGAGAAGGCGCUCGGAACGGGAAACCAAGACGGUAGACCCUCGAGCACCUUGUUAGAGAAUAGUCAGAACAAAGGAGAACUGCUAUUGUAUGUAGUAGCUCAAUAGGUUUGGAUGCUCUUCCUUUACGGAGGCAUUAACGGCUAUUAACUCGGAC